GCGAGUCAAUGAUUUUAAGCCUAUCUCCUGUUGGAACAUCAUAUACAAGUGUAUUUCCAAAUUGAUAGCCCUUAAACUGUGUUCAAAUCAUGAGAGAGACAGUAACUUGUAUAUUUUACACAAACCUUAAUAAGCCUAUGUAGGCUUAUAUAAAGAAUACAUGUCUAACUUAAUAACACAAGGGCCUACCAACUAUAUGUAAUUACAUAAUGACCCAACAUAUAUAUAUAUAUAUAUAUAAAACAUUUCUAACACUCCCCCUCAAGCUGGAGAAUAUAUAUCAAAUAAUCUCAGCUUAGAACAGAUAGUUCUUAACCUGUUAUGACCCAAUGCUUUGGUAAACAUAUCAGCUAAUUGAUCUUUAGACUUCACGAAUGGAGUAGAGAUGCUCCCACGUAAUAUUUUUUCUCGAAUGAAGUGACAAUUAACUUCAAUAUGUUUGGUCCUCUCAUGAAACACAGGAUUUGAUGCAAUGUGAACUGCUGCUUGAUUAUCACAGAACAAUGGAGUAGGAGCUUCAACUGUCAACCCAAGUUCUUUUAGAAAAUGUUGUAUCCAUGUCAACUCACUAGUGGUAUGGGCCAUUGCCCUAUACUUAGCUUCAGCACUAGAUCGAGUUACCACCGUUUGCUUUUUACUUCGCUAUGUAACAAGAUUUCGUAGUAGAUCUCCUAUCUGAAGGAGAACCAGUCCAGUCGGCAUCUGUAAAACCUUUCACCCUGAGAUGACCAUUUGAUUUAUAUAGUAACCCAAAACUUGGAGCUUGCUUGAGAUAUCGGAUAAUCCAAAGAACAACAAUCCAAUGCGGCAUUCUAGGGGCUCCCAUGAACUGACUUACAACACUAACUGCAUAUGAAAUAUCAGGUCGAGUGAUAGUGAGAUAAAUUAAUUUCCCAACAAGGUGACGAAAUUUGCCCGGGUCAUUAAAUAGGUCACCCUUAUUAGACACAAGUUUUAUAUUUGAAUCCAUUGGAGCAUCAACCGGACGACCACCCAACAUACCUGUUUCUUCUAAUAAGUCCAACACAUAUUUUCGUUGGGAUAAACUUAUACCUUUCUUGGAUCUAGCAACUUCAAUACCCAAGAAAUACCUAAGUUUACCCAAGUCUUUAGUGUGGAAUCAAUAUUGCAGAAACAACUUCAACUUGGCAAUGCCUUCAGAAUCAUCACCUGUGAUCACAAUAUCAUCUACAUAUACCACAAGAUAUAUGAAGCCAGCUUUAGUGCGCUGGUGAAAUACCGAAUGGUCGGUCUGACAUCUGUUAAGACCAAAUUUUAACGCCGCCUCAGAGAAUUUUCCAAACCAAGCCCGUGGAGAUUGUUUCAAUCCAUACAGGGCCUUUUUAAGGCGACAAACAGUGUGAAGAUACUCCCCCUGAGCAACAAACCCAGGUGGUUGCUCCAUAUAAACCUCUUCUGCUAAGUCACUAUGCAAAAAGGCAUUUUUAAUAUCUAACUGAAAUAGAGACCAAUGUCUAUUAGCAACAAGAGAAAUCAAAACACGAAUAGAAGAAAUCUUAGCAACGGGGGCAAACGUCUUAUCAUAGUCAAUACCAUAAGUCUGAGUAUAACCUUUGGCAACAAGAAGUGCUUUUAAACGCUCAACAGACCCAUCUGGAAGAUACUUCACAGUAUAUACCCAGCGACAACCAACAGGUUUGGCACCUGGAGGUAAUGGAACAAGAUUCCACGUGCCAUUUUGAUGCAAAGCAUCCAUUUCAUCUUGCAUGGCUUUCCUCCAGCCUGAAUCAGACAAAGCAUCCUGCACAGUCUUAGGAACAAAUGUAGUAGACAGCUAAGAGGGAAAACAUGAGAAGGAUGGUGAUAAGGAAUUAUUAGAGACAUAAUGAUCAAUAGGAUAAUUAGUGACACACGAGCUGGUACCUUUACGAAGUGCAAUAGGCAAGGAAUCAGACAUAGUAGAUGGUGUUGGAUCCAAAGACUUUGAAGAUGAUGGAGGAGGCACGACAACAGAUGGCUUUGGUCUUCGAGUGUACACCUGUAACGGGCAAGCGAAGGAGAUCUAGGUUGAAGAGAAAGUAAGGGAAGAGGAACCGCAGGAAGAGGCGACUCAGGAGUGAUAUCAAGAAGUGAAUCAUUAUUUGAAAAAUAUGGGAUGGACUCACAAAAGGUUACAUCCGCGAUAAUAAAGUACCGUUGAGAAAUAGGACUAUAGCAGCGAUAACCUUUAUGAGAACAAGAGUAUCCAAGAAAUACACACUUUGUAGCACGUGGGUCUAGUUUAUCAAAACCAGGACCAAGAUUGUGGACAUAACAUUAACAUCCAAAAACUUUAGGAGGAAGAGAAAACAAGGGAGAAUCAGGAAAUAAAAUAGAAUAUGGAGAUUUGCCAUCUAAUACAAAUAACGGUAUACGGUUAAAUAAGAUGACAGGCAGUAAGAACAGCAUCACCCCAAAACCGUUUAGGCAUACGCAUAUGAAACAACAGAGCACGGGUUACUUCUAAGAGGUGUCUAUUCUUACGUUCUGCAACUCCAUUUUGUUGAGGAGUAUAAACACAUGAAUUUUGAUGAAUAAUUCCUUUAUCACUAAGAUAUGUAUCAAAGGGGGUUGAAGAAUAUUCCUUAACAUUAUCAGAACGUAGAAUACGAAUUAGGCAUCCAAACUGAAUUUUGAUUUCCUUUCGAAAUUUUUGAAAAAUUAAAAAUAACUCUGAACGAUCUUUCAUUAGAAACAACCAAGUCAGGCAAGAAUAAUCAUCCACAAAUGUCACAAAAUAAUGAAAUUUCUUGAUUUAAGAAUGCUUUAUUGGACCCCAUACAUCUGAAUGAACCAAAUGAAAAGGACUAGAGACACGAUUAUUAACCCUAGACUUGAAAGACACGCGAUGGUGCUUACUAAGUUGACAAACUUCACAUGACAAUAAUUUCAAAUGACUAAGACUAGGAACUUGAUGCUGCAAAACUUGAAGUGACGGGUGACCAAGACGACAGUGCCACUGGAAUGGAGACAGAGAAGACUGAAGAGCCACAGGAUAAGGUUCCAAAUCAAAGAAAUAUAAGCCACCAGCUUCAUACCCCAUACCAAUCUUCUUCUUCGUCUUGAGAUCCUGAAACACACAAGAAGUAGGAUAAAAUGUAACAGAGCACUGAAGAGAUUUAGUAAGCUUACUGAUAGAUAUUAAAUUAAAGGGAAACUGAGGAACAUAUAAAACAGACAAGAGAGACAAGGAAUCACUAAGUUGAGUUGUCCCCAAACCUGAAACCUUAGUGGAUGAACCAUUAGCAAGAGUAACACUUUGAGAAGGAGGUACAUAAUUAAAAUCAUACAGGAGAGAAGAACAUCCAGUCAUAUGAUUGGAUGCUUCAGUGUCUAUGAUCCAAGGACUGCUAGUGGAAGACAAUAGACAGGUGCGUGCAGUACCUGACUGGGCAAAGGUAGCCGUUGAAGAUGAAUUAGAUGCUUGCUUUUAAGACAAAAACUUAGUAUACUCAUCAUGUGGAACAGGGACCGUAUCUGAUUCAGCUACGUUUGGAGAUCCAGAAGCAACAUCAUUCGGAGAGGAGGAAACUUGAUUUGCAUAACUAGAUGGUUUGCCAUGAAGGUCCCAACAAAAAUUCACAGUAUGAUUAGAAAGGCCACAGUGAGUACAUUUUCGUGAUUCCCUGCCACGGCCACGUCCUCCCCGUGAAUCACGACCAUCAUGUGUGGAGUGUCCCCCACGACCUCCACGGUAAGCAUUAUGGUCACCUUUUGAAAUUACCAAUGUUGAACGCUCACCACUCUGCCCAGUAUUCAAAUUUGAGGUGUCAUUUGCAAGUGUAGCGCGCUGAAGUCGAGAAAACACAUCAGCAAGAAAUGGACGUGUGGGAUUGCCCAAAAUCUGUGAUCGAAAAGACUCAUAUGCUGAUGACAAACCAAUAAGAAAACGGACAACAUUAAAGUCCUCACGUUGUUGUUGCAUACUUCGAACAUCAGCAGUAAUGGGCUGAUACAUAUUCAACUCCUCACAGACUCCCAUAACUUUAGAAUAAUACUCUUCUAUAUUGUGAUCACUUUGUUCAAGAUUGAAGUAUUGCUUACAGAGCUCAUAAACACGAGUGAUAUUACCUGUCUCAGAAUACAAUUGCUACAAUCUGUCCCAUAUCUCCUUGGCAGUAUGCAAAUAAAGUAAAGUGGAACUGAUUUGGGGUUCAAUACUGUUUAUCAUCACAGAGAUGAUCUGAGUAUCUUCCUUUUCCCAUGCAUUAAAAGAAGCAUCAGUUUCCUUGAGUUUAUCUGUAGUCAGAUGAUUACCAAGACCUCUACCUUUGAGAAAAUUUUUAACAGAUUUAGCCCACAGUAUAUAAUUCUUCCCAUUGAGUUUAACUGAAGUCAUGGGAGAAUGAAGACCGGAUGUGGGAGAAAUCAAUUCGGAACUGGACGUCAUGUUGAACCCAGCAAAACAGAGAAGAAAAAGAAGCAGAAAUUGUAUUUUGGCUGGAUCUAGCGAACGGGCAGGAUCUGGGCAAACGGGCCGGGUCUGAGCGAACGGGCCGGAUCUGGGCAAACGGGCCGGAUCUAAUUCGGGCUGGAUCUGAAAACGAGUUGGUGAAGAAACCGGGUUCCAGUAGACCUGGUUUGGGCUACCUUACUCUUGCAGCCAAACAAGUUUGUUCUUCUUUACAAACCCACAGAUGCUGACAAGAAUGCAGCGGCAAUAACAGCGACGAAGACAACUCGCAGACGCUGACAAGCACGCGGCGACAGUGACGGUGACCUAAUCAACACGCAGCGACCUAAUCACGAGCAGAGAUGGUUCGCGAUGAUGGAACCUCUGCAACUUGUGUUAGCCAAGGCAGCCACCGGAAAUUGAUAAACCAAACAGAGAGCUUCAGAUCUGAGAACAGCGGACGAGAAGCUUUGAACUGAACGAUGGACAAGGGGCUCUAAACAUCAGCGACCAACCAAACCUCGACCAACCUCCGGCACAGAACAGGAUUCCACGACUCCACUAAUUCCACCUCGAUCGCAAUUCCAAUUUGUACCACAAACAAAAUUUCAGUUUCUAACACCCACGAUUUUGCACAGCUCUGAUACCAUGUCCAAAUCAUGAGAGAGAGAGGGAGAGAGAGAGAGAGAGUAACUUGUAUAUUUUACACAAACCCUAAUAAUCCUAUGUAGGCUUAUAUAAAGAAUACAAGUCUAACUUAAUAACACAAGUCUAACUUAAUAACACAAGGGCCCUACCAACUAUAUGUAAUUACAUAAUGACCCAACAUAUAUAUAUAUAUAUAUAUAUAUAUAUAUAAAACAUUUCUAACAAACUGCAACCAGUUCUACCUUUUAUCAUUAGUCCAAACCAAAAUGCCUUUGUUAGGGGUCGGAGCAUCCAUGAGAACACCUUCCUUGCACAUGAGCUUCUGAAUGGAUACCAUAGGCAUUCUCCCUAACCUAGUUGUGCAUUUAAAAUUGAUUUGAGGGAAGCAUUUGACACCAUUCACUUGCACUUCAUCAUUGAUGCACUGUUUCUCUUUAAGUUCCCAUCUUGUUCAUCCAUUGGAUUAAGCCUUGUAUUACCACUGCUUCCUAUUCCAUGUCUUUAAAUGGUGAAUCGUUUGGUUUCUUUAAGGGUAGGAGAGGAAUUAGGCAAGGUGAUCCCAUCUCUUCCCUCCUUUUUGUCAUUGCUAUGUAGGUGCUAUCCUCCAUUAUUACCAAUCACAUUUCCAACUCCCCAUCCUUCAAAUUCCACUGGAGUUGUAACAAGCUGUCCUUAACUCACCUGGUAUUGCUGACGACAUCUUGCUGUUCUCAUUGGCAACCCCCAAUCAGUUCAAGUCCUUUACAAUGCUCUGUGUGUUUUCUAGGCUUUGCAUUAAUCAUACCAAGGGUUCUUCUUUCCUCUAUGGGGUUCAUCCUGAUGACCAAACUGCUAUACACACCGUCCCAGUUAUGUACUUGGCCUUACCCUUGACAUCUUCAAGCUCUCUCAGCCAGGGACUGCAAGACCAUGGUAGACGGAAUUACCAAUAGGGUUGGGAGUUGGACAGCUAGGUACCUCUCCUAUGCAGGUAGAUCAGUCCUGAUUAAGGCCAUUUCAAUUGCUAUGCACUCCUAUUGGUCUCAGUCCUUUAUUCUCCCCAAUAAGGUCAUUGAUCAGGUUAAUCAAAAAUUGAGAGCUUUCCUUUGGACUGGUCAUGAUAUGAAGAAGACUGGGGCUAAGGUUGCUUGGUAAAGUGUCUGCAUGCCUAAAGUUUAUGGUGGCUUUGGUUUUCCAGGCCUUGACCUUGCAAACAGGGUUGCUAACCUAAAGCACAGUUGGAAUUUAUUCUUCUGCAAGCACAGCAGGUUGUGGUCCUCUUGGGUUCAAAUAUCUUAUCAAAACCAAGAGCUUCUGGAGUAUUAAGCCCUCUUCUCUCAGUUAUGGUUUUUGGAGGAGGCUGCUGAAGAUCAGAGAUAUGGCUAGACGUUUGAUAAGGCACAGGGUUGGUUGUGGUACUGAAACCAUGUCAUGUUUGGACUAUUGGACGCCAAAUGGUCCCAUUAUCAACCAGCUAAACUCUGAAGAGGUGGCUAUGAUCCAUGAACUUCACUCCACUGUGGAUACCAUUAUCUCCUAUAAUCAAUGGCACAUUUCACUUAACACAACAUCCCAUACCUCCAUACACCUUUAUUCACCAACCAGCUUCUCUCCAUGACCCCACCUAAUUCAGAUAGAGACUCCAUUCAAUGGAUUGCUUCUCCCACAUAUUCCUUUUCUUUCUCCCUAACCCUCUCUUACUUCUCACCUCCUGCACCUUUAGUGCUUGGUCACACAUUAUAUGGUUUAAGUAUCAUGUACCCAAGUGGAGCUUCAUCACAUGGCUUGCUCUAAAGGGAAGAUUGAGAACACUAGGCAACCCUGCUAUGGCUAACCUUCAUUGGCCAAAUGCCUAUCAUUUUUGUUUGUCAAAGCUGAGUCCAUGGACCAUCUAUUUUCUCAGUGCAGUUUCACCUCCAUCAUUUGGUUGUUUUUUGCUUACGACGCUGGCUUCUCCCCUCCAGCCACUAGCUGGUUCAACCUUUUCAAUUGGUGCUCCAGCAACUGGUCUGGUAAUGCAAGUUCAUCCCUUCUUCGUAAGCUGAUCUUCACUGCAACUAUGUACUUCAUCUGGAUUGAAAGGAAUGACAGGGCUUACAGAGGCAAGGCUUCUUCUCCUCAGUCCAUUAUCUGUCUGAUUGGGAAGGCAAUCAGUAGUAAACUUGCAUGUCUCAAACUCUUGAAUGCUGCCAUUCUUAGGUAGACUGCCACCCAGGAUGACCUGCUCUCCCAUCUAAGCAGUGAGAAAGCCUGGUUGGUGGAAAAUAGAUGGUUAAUGGACUCUUGAUUUUGAUGUUGAUGGUGCUCCUUAUGACCUCUGUAAUGAGAUCUCACGUCUUCUUCCCUUUUGAAGGUUCUCUUUUUGUCUAGUUGCUGCUGCAACUUGCUCCCUAUAGGCCCUGGUUGCUCCUUUGAGUUCAUGUACAGUUCUUUCUUUUUGUUUGUAAUACUUACCCAAUUUACCCGAUUAAUAAUAAUAAUAAUUAGUAUAAGGAAAGAAUAAUGAAUUUUAAGCUGUGGUCCAUGGGUCCCCCCUUCAAUCCAUCCAGUGGUGGAAGACCUUCCCAUUUGGUUCAAAGUUUUCGGCUCUUUUGUCAAGAUUCACGAGGAAAUUGACAAUUGAAUUAUUCAGCUGUGGGUACCCAUUUGGAAAAAAGAAAGAAUACUGAAUUUUCAGCCGUGGGUCCUCCUUCAAUCCAUCCAGUGGUGGAGGAACCUUCGGCUCCCCAUUUUGUCAAGGAAAUGAAUGGAUGUCCUUUGAAAACAGAUCAGAAGACAUCACACCUUCCAUCUUGACCAACAAGCACUCAAAGGAGUUAUUGGACUUGCCAUGGUUCAAGCUAGCUUAAUAACUCUUCUUCUAAUGUAUGUUCUCAUAUUUUAUUGUUCUUGUACUAUAGAAUUUUGCACUGCCAUAGACACAGUUACAUCAACUCAACCCAUCAAUGACCCUGAAGCUAUAGUCACCAAUGGUGCCACCUUUAAGCUGGGAUUUUUUAGUCCUGUUAAUUCUACUAAUCGGUAUGUUGGUAUCUGGUACAACGACAUCUCUGCCAAGGCUGUGGUAUGGGUUGCCAAUAGAGAUAAACCUCUGAAUGACUCUUCUGGGAGUCUGACAAUAUCCAAGGAUGGCAAUCUUCUAGUCUUGGAUGGACAGAAACAGAUUGUUUGGUCAUCAGCUGUUCCAAAUGAUUCGGUGAAUUCAAGUGCCCAGAUUUCAGAUUCUGGGGAACCUUAUAUUGUGAGAUGACUCCAAUGGAAACAUAAUAUGGGAGAGUUUUGAACACCCUUCUGAUUCUUUCUUGAAGGAAAUGAAAGUUAGUGCCAACAAGUUUACAGAUAAGAAGACUCAGCUGACCUCAUGGAAAAGCCCUUCAGAUCCAUCCAGUGGAAGGUUCACUUUUGGCUUAAAUACUCUGAAUAUUCCAGAACAAUAUAUAUGGAAUGGUAGUCAUCCAUAUUGGCGGAGCGGACCAUGGAAUGGGCAGACUUUUAUUGGCGUACCUGAAAUGGUUUCUGUGUACUAUAGCAGAUUUGAAGUUGUAGAUGAGAAAGAACAAACCGUAUCAUUAAGCUAUACUUAUGCGAAUGAGCAUUCUUUGUUUUACUUUGCCUUGAGUUCUGAUGGAACUCUAAGGGAGAAGUACCUGGAAAAAGGAAAGGAUACUUGGGGAAUUGGGGGGUGGGUUCCAGCUAGUGAAUGUGAAGUUUACGGCAAGUGUGGUCCAUUUGGGAGCUGCAAUGUGCAGUGUUCACCAAUUUGCACAUGUUUACAAGGGUUUGAUCCAAAGGGUAUGGAGGAAUGGAGUAGAGGAAAUUGGACCAGUGGAUGUGUAAGGAGGAGACAAUUGCAGUGUGAGAGAAACAACACUAGUGGUGGAAAGGGCAAAGAAGAUGGGUUUCUGAAGCUAAAGACGGUGAAAGUGCCGGUCUUUGCUGAGUGGCUAUUUGCUUCAGAAGACAACUGCAAAAGCCAGUGCUUCAAUAAUUGUUCUUGUAUAGCUUAUGCAUAUUAUAGUGGCAUUGGUUGUAUGCAGUGGAGUGCAGACUUAAUUGACAUACAGGAAUUUUCCUAUGGUGGGGCAGAUCUUUACAUUCGCGUGGCAUAUUCAGAGCUUGAAAAAAAAAAAAGAGAAGCAUAAAACUAGUUAUCGCAGUUGCAGUGGUGCUUAUAGUGUCAUUAACAGUUGCAAUCUGUAUCUAUCUUUCAUGGAGGUGGAUGACUAGACGACAAGGAAGGAAGAAAUUGAUUCAGAAAAAAAGUGAGAAGUUGCUACAUAAAAGAGGGGAAGUGAAUCCUGAUCGUUCGAAUCAAAGCAUGCUUGGAGAUAACCUGAACCAAAUUAAAUUUGAAGAGCUACCUCUAUUCAGUUUUGAGGAACUGGCAAUUGCAACAGACAAAUUUCAUUUGGCCAAUAAGCUCGGGCAAGGUGGUUUCAGUCCAGUGUACAAGGGAAAAUUGCCAAGUGGACAAGAUAUAGCUGUCAAGCGGCUUUUGAGAUCCUCUAGACAAGGGUUGGAGGAGUUUAUGAAUGAGGUUGUGGUAAUUUCCCAACUCCAGCAUCGCAAUCUUGUUAAACUCCUUGGCUGCUGCAUGGAAGGAGAAGAAAAGUUGUUGAUCUAUGAAUACAUGCCAAAUAAAAGCUUGGAUGCAUUUCUUUUUGAUCCAAUCAAGCAAAAACUCCUUGAUUGGAGAAAACGUGCCAAGAUUAUUGAAGGGAUUGGUCGAGGCCUUCUUUACCUUCACAGGGAUUCCAGAUUAAAGAUUAUUCAUAGAGAUUUAAAGACAAGUAAUGUUCUAUUAGAUGAAGAUCUAAAUCCAAAAAUUUCAAAUUUCGGCAUGGCAAAGAUUUUUGGAAGCAAUCAAGAUCAAGCCGACACUAGAAGGGUUGUUGGAACAUAUGGCUAUAUGUCCCUGAAUAUGCAAUGGAUGGGCGAUUUUCGGAAAGAUCUGAUGUCUUUAGCUUUGAAGUUUUGUUGUUAGAGAUUUUAAGUGGGUGAAAGAACAUGAGCUUUUAUCACGAUGAGCACUCUUUAAGCCUUCUAGGAUUUGCAUGGAAGUUGUGGAAUGAAGAUAGGAUUGUAAUGCUAAUAGAUCCAGCCUUUACUGAAAGAGAGAUUCUCCCAAAUAAAAGCUCUUCUCAACAGAGCCAUAAGAGUUGUUCUGCGAACAAUGUCACUGUUACAGUCAUUGAAGGCUGUUAGCAUGUAUGUAUUCUUUUGCUUGUUUCGUUCCUAAUGUACACUGCAAUUGAAUGUACAAAGUAAGUUUUGUUGUUGUCAUUGUUUCA